GGUUCAUCCCCUCACACCUUCUCCGGAAUAUGCCACUAUCUCAUAACGUCGUUCAAGCGACUGCCAGCUUCGUCGAAUCGAGAGACCUUGCCAAGGUUACUGUGCUCGCCCGGCUGUUGAUCCUGCCUCAACGGUGCACAUCGGUCAUGAUUCCGUCCCUAGCAGGUAUGCAUCGGCAAUUGACCUGUUUCGUGGCUGGGAGCUUGUCUAAAUUGGUCUUAUGCCUCUUGUCCUUUGUUGGUCCAACCAACAACAUACUUACAUAUCGACGAGCACGCUACGAGGUACUUGGCAGAGCCUGCCAGCGGACCGAUCGCUUCUCAAUAACCCGAAACGGACACUCAUGCCCCCUCGUGCUAUCAAAACGUGGCUGAACGGCAAUCGCAUGUUCGGUCUUUGAGCCGAAGGUGCUGAUGAGUAUUUCCAUAGCUGAUCCUUCCUUUAAGCUGCUUCCACUCCUCCCGUGAACCCCUCGCUACCUGUGCUGAAAAUCUUCUUUUUGUCGACGCAAUAUUGACUCGGAAGAACUGCGAGAAACUGUUGAACCCGACAUGGCAGGCUCGAUAUGGUAUACCUUAGGGGUGUCCUGCUUUGCGGCGGUUGGCACCUUCCUCUUCGGGUUUGAUACUGGCAUUGCUACCACAACCAUUGCUCACGAAUCAUGGGUUGACUACAUGAAUCACCCAUCCAAGGGUCUGACGGGUGCAGUCGUUUCCGUCUAUAUCGCUGGCGAGGCUAUCGGCGCCCUGACUCAAACCUUUAUUGGCGACUUCCUUGGCCGUAUCCGCUUUAUGCAACUGAUGUGUGUGAUUGUUACAGUAGGUACUGUAAUACAGACUGCUGCUCAGAACAUGGGCAUGUUUCUGGCUGGUCGCGCUUUGGCUGGCCUCGCAGUUGGAGGAAUGGUUGCAACAGUACCGAUAUAUCUCAGCGAAAUCUCGGCUCCAAAGCAUCGUGGUCUGAUUGGCGGUAUCUCUGGCUGCGGUAUUUCGCUUGGGACGAUGAUGUCGAAUUGGGUAGGGUUCGCGUGCAGCUAUGCCUCCUACGGUCCGACACAAUGGCGCCUCCCACUCGGCGUCCAGGUCCCUUGGGGGAUCAUCCUCUUCAUCGGUCUGGCCACAUUCAUGCCCAACUCACCUCGUCAGCUCAUCAGGAAUGGCAAGAUCGAAGAAGCCCGUCGCCAAUUCAUGCGCAUCCGACGUGAUCUCGCCAGUCACGAGGUCCACGAGGAGUUCGCCCUCAUGCGUGCACAGAUCGAAUUUGAGCAGCAUCGAGAAAUCAAGUCGCUGAGUGAAGUCUUCAAACUCUUCCGCCACAGAGCCCUUGUGUCCAUCGCUGUGCAGACCAUGACAAGUCUCACUGGCGUCAACGUCAUCCAAUAUUACCAGACGAUUCUGUUCAAGUCUCUAGGGAUCAACAGCCAUAUGAUCCUGGCUUUGGCCGCCAUUUACGGCACCCUCGCGUUCACCUCCAAUGUCCUUACCACAAAAUUCCUGACUGAUCAAUGGGGUCGCCGAAAGAUGAUUCUCGCUGGUCUUUCAGGCGUUAUAAUCAUUGAGAUCUACGCCGCCGUCAUGCAGCGUGAAUUCCAGAAUACCGACAAUAAAGUCGGCAAAGGCUUUGCAGUGUUGGGAAUUUAUCUCUUCGUAGUGACUUACUACGGCAUGUUGAACAGCACGACCUGGCUAUAUGGCGCUGAAGUGCUUCCUAUCGCUCUUCGAUCCAAAGUCAUGGGUCUGGCGGCCGCCUCCCACUUUAUUGUCAAUGUCGGAAUCACUGAAGCCGGACCAAGCGGUAAGUCACUCGCUGUUACUGACGUGGGGCUUGUGGAUGUCUGCGAGCAAUAUGACUUUGACUGGCUUCCCUACCUAAGGCCCAUUCCUCUGCGCUCGUCUGCAGUCCACGCUGACACAAGCCUUGAAAUACUGCAGCAUUCGCAAAUAUCCACGAGAACUAUUAUUACGUCUUCGUAGCCUGUUCGGCCUUCUUCCUCGUUGUGGCAUACCUCUACUUCCCUGAGACAAAGCAAAAGACGUUGGAAGAGGUCGCAGCUGCAUUCGGCGACAAGGUGGUGUUGGUGAAUGAGAACGAUCUCGCGGUCGAAGACGCCGUCAUGCAAGACAAGGCUGGCAUGAUGCAGGUGGAGAGUUCGCAGGGCAAGCCCGCUGUAGCUUAACAGGGGACGCUGUUGGAUAUCAGGCUAAAGGGCCCUUUCGUGGCGUUUUCGUAGCGCAAAAUUGAGUGCCGGCACGCGCUACUUCUCCUCGCAGGGAGAUGAUGGGAUGAAGAGAAAGGGUAAUAUCUAUGGGAAUAUUCAGGGCGAUCUAUUCUAGUCGUACUUGGACAUGACAAUGCUAUAUCAUUCCAUGA